AUGGUCGAGCUGCUUGUUCGCAACCGGGUAGAGACUCGCUACGAAGACGACGAGGGGCUCUGUCGGGCUGUUUUCCAUGGCCAUUUGGAUCUGGUCGAGUACUUGCUGGCCAACGGAGCCAACCCGAGGGCACAGAACGGCAAGCCCAUGUUCCUGGCCUGCCAACAGGGCCGUCUUGUCCUUGCUCGUGUUCUCCAUCAUCAUGGGGCCCCUGUCGACGAUCAGCACAACCAGAAUCUGAUGGCAGCCUCGAGUCGGGGCCACUACGACGUUGUCAAGUUCCUGGUCGAGCACGGCGCCGACGUCAACGCUCAGGGCGGCUUUGGACUCCGCAUCGCCUGCUCCCGGGGCCACUGGGACAUUGUGCAGCUCUUCUGCGAUCGAGGCGUCGGCCAAGAUGCCAUCUGCCGAACGUCUCUCGGGCUGGGGUGUUUGAACGGACACUUGCGCAUUGUCCAGCUGCUGCUGAGCCUCGGGGCCGAUCUGCACGAGAACAGGGAUGAUCCGCUCUUCAUGGCGGCGCACAAUGGGCAUCUACGCAUCGUCGAGUACUUGCUCAUGCAUGGCGCCGAUCCAUUUGCCCGGGGG